GUUUUUUCCAUCAUUUGCUUUAAAAUUUCGACUAUAAAAGAAGUCGCAAAACCCCAAAAUUUGCAUUCAUAAUUUUGACUUUAACGAGUUCACAUCGUUCAAAAAACAAAGUUCAAUUUAAAACAAAAUGGCAAAAGGUAAAGGAACAAUUAAAGCUAAGGCUCCAAAAGUAAAGGAAGUAGUUGCUGGAAAGGAAAAAAAGUUGCGUCGUCAUAAACGAAAGGAAUCAUUUGCAAUUUACAUCUUUAAAGUAUUGCGACAAGUUCAUCCAGACACGGGAAUUUCAUCGAAAGCUAUGAGCAUAAUGAACAGCUUUGUCAAUGACUUAUUUGAAAGACUGGCUGGGGAAGCUUCACGUUUGGGGCAACAUAAUCAUCGUGCAACAAUGUCAAGUCGUGAGAUCCAAACAAGCGUUCGUUUAUUAUUGCCAGGAGAAUUAUCUAAACAUGCUGUCUCGGAAGGAACUAAAGCUGUAACAAAAUACACAUCAACAAUGGGCCAUUAAUAUUUUUUUAUUAUUUCUGUAAUACUGCUUUAAACUGAUUAAAUAAACUACAUUCUUUUUCAAGACUUUGAAAAGUAUCAAAAUUGGACAUUCUCACUUAUUUCAGCAAGUCAAUUCAGUUUAAUGCAUUGUUGAACCCUGCCAGAGCUUGCAUAUUGCCGCGAAAAUCUCAUUAAUGAAUUAAUUAAGAAGAAAAUGAUCUCUAGACUAUAAUUAAAUUAAUAAAGCACAAUAUCCAAAGACGCGUCAAUUCUUUCCACAAAAUGAAAAGUAGCAUUUCGUCAAUUAGGCAUAUCUAUCGAAAAACAAACAAGUGCAUCCAUAAAUACGUUAAUUCAUCACUUAUGCUUCGUACAUACAUAGAUAGUCAAAGCACAGCACAUUUAUAUGUGUGUAUCAAAUCACACAACAGUCUUUGACUGUAUUUUUAUCAGGCACACUCAAAUACAUCCUCAACUUCUUGUUACUACACAUUCUAGUGCUGAUGACGACUUAGUUUAUUUUGUUGUAUUUUAUUUUACGCUCAGUCAGUUUCUUCUUUCUUGUUCUUGUGAUCAGUUUGAAAUUUGUAAUCUCGAGAGGUAAAUUAUUGAGAUCCAGUGAUACUUUGGUGCCAUUGCUUUUAAUAAAUUUUUUUGUUUUGUGGAAAUUGAAAGUCAUUACUGGAUGUUAAAUUUAUUAAUUAUAGCAUAGAGAAAUGCUUUAUUUAUGCAACAACAGAAGCGAUUCAUUGUUUUAUGCCUCUUAGCAUAACUAUUCAUAAUGUUAUUGGGCUUAUUCGGGUGUGGUGCUGACUAUUGCUUCUCGUAAUUGAAUAUUCAUCAUAUUACACAAGCUAGAUAUUUGUGUGGGAAUCGAUCUUCAUUCAGUCUCAAUCUAAAUGAAAAUUUUCGCAAUUUAAAAACAGCAUUAAGCGAGGCAGGCAAGGCAUGAAGAAGAAAUGUCAAUAAAAAUAUCAUCUAUUAGCAUGAGAAUCUUCAUAGAUAUGGCAUAGUGUUUACCGUUAUCGUUAAACAUUCACUGUUUGGUUAUCACAGAUUCCCUUAAAUAAUAUGAACUAGAAAUUUGUGCUACAAUACGCGCGCGAUGGGCAGCAUUCAUUUAAGUAAUGAAGAAUAUGCUUUAAAGAAGAAAUGGUGAAAAGAUUCUUGAUUGUUUGUGGAUGGAGCGACUUUAGAUCAUUGUUGCUGUCAAUUUAUUCAAUUAACAUUUAUUGGUACUUCCUGUGGGUUUAUUAUAAAGAAAAUUUAUAUCUGCUGGAUGUUUGAUCUCUGGAUCUUUUUAACGGAGAUUUUAAAUUCAAAUUCAGUUCAAAAAAGAUCCAUUUUUCAAAUUCCAAAAAUACGUUGAAAGUUUUUGUUUGUGAAUGUUAUGUUUGAAACCGUGUUCGAAAAUUUUAAUAAAUACAGUGUCUAAAAUGAUAUCAGCAGAUUUAAUGAAUGCAGGUUCACGUAAAUGCUACCUCAAACCAACUAGAAAAUAUAAAAUAAAGCUAGUCAGAUCGGAAUCAACACCGCCAGUCGUGAAAAAACAAAACGGUCCUAAAAUGCCGAAAAUUGUGUGGUCUAUUAUUUGGCUGAUUAUUUUGAUAAUCUUUUCAUUCUGGAUUGCAACGUUCCUUGCAUUCUUCUACAUCAUCCUAUUUCCAAUCACAGUCUGCAUUCCUGAUAUUAGUGUCGUCACCGAUUUCCUACUAAAAUGCAUUCAAUUCCCGAAAUAUUGUGCUGAGAACAUGAUGGCUGGAACAGCACUUUUCUAACAUUAAUAUCAUUAACUGUGUAAAAUUAGAUGCUUCAAUAAAUUCGUCCUAUAAACUCAAUGCAAUCAUUAUUGACAUAACUCAAUAGCGCACAACAUAAAAGUAUAAAAAACGGCAGCAACGAAAAGAUUUUCUUUAGAAAUAAAAGCUAAUAAUUUGCAAAAAGAUGCAAUAUUAAUGUUAAAUGAUUUUUGUAAAGAUUCUUUAAUAAAGAUUAAAUUUUUGUGUCAUUAACAAUG